UCCCUCCCCGGCCGCCGCCCGGCAGAGGCUCCACGGCGCAGGCCCGCCGCAGCGCAGCCGCUCUGAGUAGCUAUUGAUGGAAGAACACGGGGUGACCCAAACAGAGCACAUGGCCACCAUCGAGGCCCACGCAGUGGCCCAGCAGGUGCAGCAGGUCCAUGUGGCCACCUACACAGAGCACAGCAUGUUGAGCGCGGAUGAAGACUCGCCGUCUUCGCCGGAGGACACCUCCUACGAUGACUCUGACAUCCUCAACUCCACGGCUGCCGACGAGGUCACUGCCCACCUGGCUGCCGCAGGCCCUGUGGGGAUGGCAGCAGCUGCUGCCGUGGCAACGGGUAAAAAACGAAAGCGACCACACGUUUUUGAAUCCAACCCGUCAAUCCGCAAGAGACAGCAGACACGUUUGCUACGGAAGCUCCGAGCCACGCUGGAUGAGUACACCACCAGAGUGGGGCAGCAGGCCAUCGUUCUGUGCAUCUCGCCCUCCAAACCCAAUCCUGUCUUUAAAGUAUUCGGUGCUGCACCCUUGGAGAACGUGGUACGCAAGUACAAGAGCAUGAUUCUGGAAGACCUGGAGUCCGCACUAGCGGAGCAUGCGCCUGCACCUCAGGAGGUUAACUCAGAGUUGCCGCCCCUCACCAUCGAUGGCAUUCCGGUCUCGGUGGACAAGAUGACCCAGGCGCAGCUGCGAGCUUUCAUCCCUGAGAUGCUGAAGUAUUCCACAGGUCGCGGGAAACCAGGCUGGGGCAAGGAAAGCUGCAAGCCUAUCUGGUGGCCUGAGGACAUUCCGUGGGCCAACGUUCGCAGUGAUGUCCGCACAGAGGAACAGAAACAGCGGGUGUCAUGGACCCAAGCAUUGCGGACUAUCGUGAAGAACUGCUACAAGCAGCAUGGGCGUGAAGACCUGCUCUACGCCUUUGAGGAUCAGCAGACACAGCAGCAGACUACGACCACACACAGUAUAGCGCACCUCGUGCCGUCACAGACAGUGGUACAAACCUUCAGUAACCCUGAUGGCACCGUGUCCCUCAUCCAGGUUGGCACUGGUGCUACAGUUGCCACGCUGGCCGAUGCCUCAGAGUUGCCUACCACAGUUACCGUCGCACAAGUCAAUUAUUCUGCAGUGACUGAUGGAGAGGUGGAGCAGAACUGGGCAACGCUACAGGGGGGUGAGAUGACUAUCCAGACGACGCAGGCAUCAGAGGCCACGCAGGCGGUGGCAUCAUUAGCAGAAGCAGCAGUGGCAGCAUCUCAGGAGAUGCAACAAGGAGCAACUGUUACCAUGGCACUCAACAGCGAAGCAGCUGCCCAUGCAGUAGCCACGCUUGCUGAAGCCACUCUUCAAGGUGGAGGACAAAUUGUCCUAUCUGGUGAAACUGCAGCAGCAGUAGGAGCGCUUACCGGAGUCCAAGAUGCCAAUGGCUUCCUAGCAGCAGACUAUUCAGGUUGCAAGUGGAGCCUAGCAGAGAGUUCAUCAGGUCUCGUCCAGAUCCCCGUCAGCAUGUACCAGACCGUGGUGACCAGCCUGGCCCAAGGCAACGGCCCCGUUCAGGUGGCGAUGGCACCCGUUGCCACGAGGAUAGCGGACAGCACCGUCACCAUGGACGGGCAGGCAGUGGAAGUGGUGACCUUGGAACAAUGACGAUGCCCAGAGCAGGAUCAUGGUGAUUUUCCUCGUCUCUUAUGCGAAUAAUUUUUUUACGCCUCUCCAGAGAUGCAAUCAAGUGGCAUUGAGUCUCCCAGCUUU